CGCGUCUCGGCGUUUCUCGGGACGACGGCUGCGCCAUUGGUCCGCCAGCCUCGCGGGGCGGUGCCUCGUGGCUCCGCCUCGCGAUUCUGCGCGCUCCACCCCCUCCGAAAUGUGGCGCUCUACCGGUGGAGCGAAGCGGCGGUGCCACUGCUGCACGGCGCAGAGAGCGUGCUGCGUUGAGCGAGCCGGUGGAGGAAACACGCACGCCGCGCCGCUUCGCACACCGCGCUGGUUGCUGUUGCCGCAGCAGCUGUAGUGAGGCGCGCUCGGUCUGCUUGCUGCUGCUGUCCACGCCGCUCAGUCGGCGCGUGCUUUCGGCCGUGUGACGCUCUCGGGCGGCGUGCGCGCCUGCUGUUCGGAGCGUUCUUUUGUCCGAAGGAAGGAAGCCAGUGCGCGCUUCGCCGUGCCUCAUUCUUCAACGGGUGCGCGUCGGGGCGCAGUGCGGCGUUCACCGUGACUCGCCGGCGGGGGCGGGCGGCGGGCGCGGGGCCCGGGCCUGCGGCGGCCGCCAUGAAGAUGGUGCAGUGCGCGGGCUGCGAUCGCCCCAUCCUGGACAGGUUCCUGCUCAACGUGCUGGACCGAUCGUGGCACACCAAGUGCGUCCAGUGCUGCGACUGCCGCUGCAACCUCACCGAUAAGUGCUUCUCCAGGGAUGGCAAGCUCUUCUGUCGGAAUGACUUCUUCAAGCGCUUCGGCACCAAGUGCGCGGGCUGCUCGCUGGGCAUCUCGCCGACGGACCUGGUGCGUCGCGCGCGGAGCAAGGUGUUCCACCUCAAGUGCUUCACCUGCCUGGUGUGCCGCAAGCAGCUCUCCACGGGCGAGGAGCUGUACGUGCUCGACGAGCACCGGUUCGUGUGCAAGGACGACUACCUCGCUAGGCACCAGCAGCCGCCGCCGCCGCCUCCGCAGCAGCAGCAACCUCCGCAACAGCCGCCACCUGCCGGUUACGUGGGCUACUGCGGCGGCGUCGCCUCGAGUCCUGACAAAGGGCUGAAGCCGCAGUUCCCUGCCUGGGGUCCGCCACUCAGGCCGUGCCACAUACCUCCCCCUUACGCAAUGCUCGGUCCUUCGGGCUCCCCGGGUGACGCGACGCUCGACCUGGACGACCCGUCGGACGGCGCCGACGCCGACCUCUUGCUCCGCGACCAGGACAGGGACUCGAGCGUGGAGCGGGAGCUGACGCCCGGCGGCGGGGCGGCCUCGCCCUCGGCCUGCGGCGGCGGCGCCAAGGGGGGCGGCAAUGCCUCGGUGGCCAACGGUCCCAAGCCGGACCCCGGCGGCGGCGGGGGUUCGGGUCCCGAGGGCGCCGGCGGGCCGGCGACGGGCGACGAGGCCCAGGGGGGCACCAAACGCCGCGGACCGCGCACCACCAUCAAGGCCAAGCAGCUGGAGACGCUCAAGGCGGCCUUUGCAGCCACACCCAAGCCGACGCGCCACAUCAGGGAGCAGCUGGCGCAGGAGACCGGACUGAACAUGCGAGUCAUCCAGGUGUGGUUCCAGAACCGGCGCUCCAAAGAGCGCCGCAUGAAGCAGCUGAGCACGCUGGGCGCCCGGCGCCACUUCUUCCGCAGCCCGAGGCGCGUCAUGCGCUCCCUGCGGCCCGGCAUGUCGCCGGACGGGCUCGACGACUCGCCCGAGAUGGGACCCGGACCUCCCAGCUCCGCCUUCGGUUACUUCUCCGAUUCGUCGAACCCGGCCGACUUCGGGUACGGACCCCAGGCGGGCUUCUACGACUUCUUCCCGGGUCAGCAACCUCCCCCUCCACCUCCACCGCCGGGACCCGACGGCAUGCCCUUUCCUCCCACGGGAUCCGGACCUCAGGGCUCCGGCGGACCUCUCGACUCGCACUCCGGACCAGGGAGCGUGAACCUGGGUUCGGACGCGCCCUACCUGCAGCCGCCUCCGACGUCGCAGCCCCAGUCGCGCGGCGGACCCAGUCCCGACGCCGUGCUCAGCCUGCAGGGGGGCGAGCCCUACGGGGCGCCCUCGCGCGCCGACAGCGGCUUCGCCCCGCUCAACCAUCCGCCAAUCAGCGAGACGCCCGUCUGGUGACGUCACCUGCCGCAGCACCGCCCAUCCCCGUGAGAGAAAAGAAGAGGAGAAGAGGUGCCUGCUCUUCCUCGCCUCAGAUCCGCUACUACGCGUGCGCCCCAAGACAUGACGGUGGUGGCGCCAUCCUCCGCGCAGCUAUGGAACGACAGCGGCGCAGGAGCCGAGUGAACGCGCAGAGAUGGGAGACAACGGAGGGGAAAAAAUAAUACGCGGACUCUAACGCGCACUGUAUUGUGUUUUCUUUUUUUUUACGCUGUUUUGGCCCUUUCUACGGUGUUUCCCUCAUUUUUUUUUCUUGUUUCUCUUGCUCACCAAGCCUUUGGAGGAGGUUGGAGAUGCUCGCUGCAAUCGUGGGUUUUAAAUAUGUAAACCUGUGCGAAAGAAGCCCUUGAGCGGAGCGAAAUCGAGAACGCUAUGAUGAACACUCAAUAGCCGCACAGGCUAUUUCCUUGCUUACUUGUUUUUUUUUUUUCGUUAUUUUUUUUUUUCGAGCAAAGGAUGAACAAACGGAGACGACGGGUUGUGAGAAAGAACACUACGCACUUCGCGGUUGAAACGCGAGGCCUGAGCGUAUUCGCACGCUCACCACGCCGAGUGAUCGAGAAGAGUAUCGGGCGCACGCACGCCACAGCCGAAGAAGGAGUGACCGUGCACGACUCUGCUGCGCACAGACUGACCCGGCACCGCCACCUCGUUUCGGCCAUUGACAGACAAGCGAGCGGCCGCUCCUAUACCACCCCUCUCUCUCCUCCGUGGCCAUCGCCCCCCCGACCUCUCUCUCCUCCAUCUGGCGAAUUCGAUCUCUGCCCUCAAGCAGCAGCGGUCGGAGUCGCGACGACAGCGGGUUCAUCGCGCAAGAUGGCGAAAGGCGGUGGCGAGGCUGCGACAGCGAACGACCUUGUUGUGCGUGCGUGUUUGCGCUCUCGGCGGCGGGGCUCUGUCUCUCUCCUCCUCUCCUUAUCAAACUUCCGGAGACAGCCUCUCUUCCUCCUCCUCCUUUCCCGCCCCGCUGCCGCCACCGUCUGGGGAGUGGCCCCGGAAUGUGCGCGCCCCGGACGACGACAAGCUGCUGGCCUGCCUUCCCUUGCCCGCCCGCUGCACUCUUUUCCUUCACUCUUCUUCACCUUCUCUCUCGCUCCACUCAAAGGCGAUGUGACGGCUGGAGAAAGGAAGUAACGAGUCCAGGGCUGACGGCUACCCAAAAGCGCGGAUGUUUUUAUUAAACUAGGGGCGUUGCGUUUAGUGAAGUUUUCGCAUCGAUAUAGGCUGUAGGAAAAAAAGGGGACUCGAAUGUGGUAUUGAAUAGGAAACAUCUGUCUCUCUCUCUCUCUCCUUCGUUUCUGCCUUUGUGAUUUGAAAAACAUAAGCAUAGGGAAGUUGACAAAACAAAUUUUAUUCAUUGCCUUCGAUAUAGCGCAAUCCCGGCAGUAAAAUAGUUCGAAUGCACAACUUAUAAAUUAGCAAAAUUAAAAAGCAACUGCAGCUCCUGCAGCUCCUGUACAACGCGCUCUUGAAGUGACUGGUGGGCUAUAUGAGUACUUUCGUCUAUUCAUACAAGGCUGGGUGCGGCAGAGUAAUCCGCCGCUUAUUUUGGCUUAACCGAAUGACUCCGACAAAUCGAGUGUCAAACUAGCUGACGGUAUACUUAGAUUGGAAACAGAAGUAUUCUAUUUGUAUUCGAAAUCGCGGCAACGUCUGUGGUCUGCUACAACCAAUUCAUUUGUACAAGCAAUUCCCUCCUCUGUCUUGUUUUCUUCCUUUCAUACCUUUCAUCGGUAUAAAACGGGGAAAGUUCGUCAGCCGGACUCGUCGGAGAACAACAAACCAGACGAAUACUUCGCGAGUGCACUCAAUCCUUCUCUGCCGAGCUGAGAGAGAACGCAGCUGCAAUGUUUUUAGUGCAACGGACAAUGCGUGACACGGAGUGGCUGUCAAGAACCAGCGGAUCAAAAGAAAGCAACAAACCACACCGAGGAGCGGCGCGCGAAGACGCAACAAGCGACAGUCGUGCUGCUACUCUGUUUGUGCAAAACUCGGGUGUCCCUCACAUCAUUUUUUGUGUACAUAAGAGCGACUAAAAGAGGAAAAGAAAAAUCGCAACAAAAAAUAUGCCUGACUUGCUUGUUGUUCUCUUGGCAGGAUGUCAA